AUGUUUGACUGUGCACGAAAACUAUACCACGAACAUGGGCUGUGGGUCUUUUAUCGAGGAUAUAUCCCAAAUUUAGUCGGCAUUCUUCCUUACGCUGGUAUUGACCUUGCUCUCUAUGAGACCUUCAAGACCCUCUACGUCAAAACCCUCAAUAAAUAUGCCGAACCAGGGGAGAAAUUGACCGCUCCUCCAGUCUAUGUGUCAUUGACUGCUGGAGCCUCCUCAUCUGUCUGUGGUCAGAUAGCGACAUAUCCUCUAGCUCUAAUUAAAACAAAACUCCAAGCAGAAAGUGAAAAGAUAUCCCUGAAGCAUCUCGCCCAACGGAUAGUCAAGCAAGAGGGGGUGAUGGGUUUGUACCGAGGAAUGGGAGCAAAUAUGCUGAAGGUCAUUCCCGCUGUUAGUAUCUCAUAUGCAUGCUAUGAGAAGGUCAGAACCAUGCUGGGCAUGUAG